CCGAAAGGUCGCACUUGCGCCAGGCGCGCUGGAAGUCGAUGGCAAGCCAGAAGGACGAUGCAAAUCGACGAUCGGAGAAAACGCACUACAACGCAACCACACCAGAGGAAAGAAUGCUUCAGCGUGGCGAGCUACCCAUGAGCUUUGCGUCUCGCAGGAGACGCCCAGAUCGAAGUCAUCGACCCAUGUCGGCAGGUCCGUGCGCGCUCUCGAAUCAAGCUCUCGACGGAACAAUCAACGAGCUUGCGUCGCAACUUGUUCUUGUGUCUCCGAGGACCAACAACAACGCAUCACCGAUGGACUCUGCCCCUUCCUCGCUGAUGUCACCCAAGAAGGAACGUGCAGCGUCUGCAGCCCCAACUCGUCCUACGACCACAUCAAACCCUCGGAACAUGAUACGUCCAAAAAGCAGCACGGCGCAGCGUAAACUCACUUUGUCGGGCGAAGCUCGUCGCGACGGAGUUCCUUGGUCGCCACUGCAUUUGGCAGGUCCAUUGCAACGCGCGGCGGACAAGAAUCACCAACACUUGUCGUCGGGAAUCUCCCCUCCAUUGGUGAAAGUCCCAGCGCCGCCGUCCAGCGCAUAUCAACUAUCCAACGUGACCGACCUCUUGCCUCCUUCGUCUGGUCCGAUGCUGUCUCGACCGCAAAGUGCAGCGCCGACAAAGCUCUUGUCCAAACGCGGUUUGAAUCGACCCCGAACCGCCGUCGCCAAGUCUCCCACCAAACGAAUCAAAACUAAUCGACCAAGCAACGAAGCAUCCCCCGCCCCUCAAAACCAACAAACUGUGGAUGACAACGCGCCAGGAAUGCACGUGUCGACUGUCGAAAAGGCCGUGGAUGUCGAGCUAAGUCACAAGAACACGUCUCGCAAGUCCAAGCAGUGGUCGCCACCAAAACAUUUUACCGCGCUUCGUCAAACACCGAUGAAGUCGCCGUCGAAACCCGUCGCGUCUUCAUCACCUCUGCCCACUUCGACGACACCGAUCGUCCCGUUGGACACGUUGCAAACCGUGCGGACUAGCAUCGAAAAUUGGAUUCAUCGCAGGGAGAACGACCGAUCGACGGACCGGUGCUUGUCCGACGCCAACGACACGUUUCGAUAUGCCGUUCCAGCGCACCACUUUGACCGGUCGGCGCCGUACGACCCAUACACGAUCACUUACGUCCCAUUUCAUCAUGUGUACAAAGUGACUGAUGGCGCCCCGCACGGUCUCCAAUUCACCGACGACGACCGCGUCAUCGACCAGCAAAUCGCGUGCGACUUUUACGUGAUGAGCUCCAAGAACGUGCUGUACUACAACAAGGACCACGCGACCGUGACGUUCCAGUCCAUGCCCGAGUGGGACCGCGAACGCCGCAUCUUUCAGCGGCUCAAGACACUAGCGCUCUUCAGCACGUACCGCCGCACAAAAGCAAUGAAGUGCUGGGUGUCGCACUACAUUUUGUGCAAACGGCAGCGGUGCAAAGACCAACUGAACGACCUCUUGUACUUUUGCAACUCGAUCUUCCACGCCACGAUGGAGAAAAUCCAAGCCAAGAUGGCGGUGCUGCACACGCAGCUCCUCUUCUAUGUCGAUAGCGCCACGGUCAUCCCCCCCGAGGAAUUUCAGCGUCGACAGGGCAUCCACAUCCAGAAGCUCGGCCACGAAUUCAUCGCGCUAUUCCAUGCGAUCCGAGAGAUCCUUGUCGCCAUGUCCCAUACGUACCUGUCGCAGUACUCGUCCACGGACGCCGUGAUCAAGUACGCAGACGUGUCGCUGACGUCGCGCAAGAGCACGACCUUCCACAUGGACCAGUUUUUUGGCAACGUCCAAAAGAAGUCGCCAUUGUCCCCCCUCGCCACAUGCAAUGAAGACAACACGGGGGAGCUGGACUUGGUCGCAAUACGUGCCGAGCUCCAGCGCAGUCGCGUCCGCGCCAAGUCCCGCGAAAGUAUCAAAGAAAAGCCCACGAUGGACGCGAUCAAGUGGUCCGUCGCCGCCGUCAAGCGAGCGCGUUGCAGCGAAUUGUCCCGUUUCAUUCGGCGCGUGGAUUUCAUGCUCCUUGAUGCAUUUCACGGAGUAAUCAACCGAAGCGCGGCGGCCUUGGGUCAGUUGCUCGAGACGGGCGCAGGGAAGUCGUCGUCGCUGCUCUUGUCCAAGGACGCGUACAUGCGGGCGUAUCACCGCUUUGACAUUUACGGCAACGGGGCGCUCGAUUGUGCGCAGAUCACGCGUCUGCUCCAUCACGUGUUCGAUGGCAAGUUGACCGGUGCGGCGCUGGAAGAGCGCGUGGGGUUGUUCAUUUCAGUCUUUGACGAGAACGGGGAUGGCGACGUGAGCAUUGAGGAGUUUUCCAAGGGCCUUGAUGUCGUCCUCGACGUUGAGCGCAUGCAGCAGUUCGAUGCAUCUGCCAACAGCAUCUACGAAACAACACGCAUGGCCCACACCAACUUGUUUAUUCCCGUGCCGCUGUUUGAAGUCCAGCUCGUGUUUGACGGCACCGGGUUGUCGUUUGAGCCACCGCUAAAAUCCGUCCAAAGCGCUGUCGAGAUGACGCUUCGUGGAUUCUUCGACGCCAACGAACAUGUUCAGCGCCUCAUCACGGAUCCGACGAUCCUUCCAGUGCUGACUUUUUAUGAUCAAGUGCGAACUUCCCACUUGGACUCGUGUGCGCCACAAGUGGCCACGGCGCCGGGUGGUGACCACCCACAGGACGCUCGCAUCUCGCUCAUUCUGUUUGAACGGGCAUCGCAGGACCAAGCUUACAUGCACCUGUGCGAACAAAUCUUUGACAUUGUGAAAGGAUCGAUCUGCGGAUGCCAGGCCUACGCCAACUGCUUUUUGCCGCUGUGCGACGAAUACGACUGGAACAACGCACUCGACUUUGAUCGGAUUGCGCAGCAGCACUUGGAUGGCGCAUACGACAUGGACCAGCUCAAGCAAGAUGUGCAAAAGUUCCAGCACCAGAAAUGGAUGCUCGAGGACGUAGUUGUGUCCCAAGACAUCCAGCUCAUUCGCGUCAAGACAAACGCCCUGAAGACGGCGCUGGUGCCUUCUCCGGUGCGAUGCCUGAAGGAACUCGAGCGUAUUCUGCCGAUCCUGGCCGAGAAAAACAUUGCGCGGCUCUUGUCGUACAUCGAGCUCGUCGCGUCCAAGAUUCAACGGCCGCCCGCUAAAGACAUCGAGGCGUUCGUCACUUAUAUCCUAAACCUCAAGGAAAUCAAUGACGAGCUGCCGUCAAAAGACCUCGAGGCUGCCCAGAUCUCUGACUACCUCGAGUUGAUCACGGACUCGGGGUUCCACAUACCAAGCCAGACGCAGGCCGUGUACGACCUCGUGGAGCCUGAGCUGAGCACUCUCAAGUCGGCUGUCACGAAUUGCAUGGCGAGGCGCGACAUGGACAUCCGAGAGUACGCAGUGCUCCUCGAACAAAAGAUGCAGCACCUGGAAGCAAACAUCGCGUACUUGCAAACCGAGUCGUGUGCAGAGCAGUUGUUUCACGCCGAAACGGAAGCGCUCCACGCGUUGGCAUUCACAGGGAACCUCAAGCAGCUUGCGACCGACUACAGCAGUCGGUCCGAGCGAUUCCUAUACGUUCGAUCGCUGUUCAACGAGUUUUUGCCCAACUGCAUGCCGGACAUCCCUAACAAGGGCGGACACUUUGCGUCGCUGCCCAAGUUGACUGGCGACAUCCAACUCAAACAUGACAUGUGGACGUUAAUCAUGGCCGCGGAUCAAUCACUUGCAAGUUGGGGGGACAUUGCGUUAAAGGACAUGCCGAAGGCCGACAUGGAAGACCUCCUCCGCCGCGUCACGGAGCUGCACCGCGUCCUCGCGGUCGAAUUCCCCACCAGUCCCGUCACGGCGCGCGUCCACGGCUUGCAAACACUGCUUCUGCACAUGACGUCGAUCGUGCAAAACUUGUGCAACCCCCACGUCGAGGACCGGCACUGGCGCAAGCUGGAAAACAAACUGAACGUGGUGUUCCAGUACGAGGUCGAGCCCGCCACCGACCAUCGGUGUUUGGUCCGGCAGGGCGACAUUUCGUUCAAAUAUCUCGUCUCGCUCCACAUUGACGACAAGCAUGACGAGAUAAACGACAUUGUCCAAGAAGCCGCCACAGAGGCUGCGAUUAGCAAGAGCUUGCACGAUGCUAUCCGUGUGUGGGACACACAAGAGAUCGCGUUCUCGUACUGGACGGACAACGACACGCGCGACGUCGUCGUCUUGGGCGACACAACCGAGUGCAUGAACAUGCUCGAGGAAUCCGACAUGCUGCUCCAAACCAUCUUGGCGUCGUCGUACAUCCGACCGAUCCAGCCGCUGGCCAUGAAAUGGAAACAUGACGUGAACGAAAUGAUGGAGAUCAUGAUGCGGUUGGAAGAGUGCAAAAACUACUGGGAGCACAUGGAGGUGUUUUUGUCGCCAGAGUUUCUGCGAGCCCUGCCAGGGCAGGUGCGAGCGUACACGGAGCUCGACCGCACGUGGAAAGUCCUGCUUGAUAAGCUGAGCAAGAACCCGUCACUUGUUCGCACUGCUCGCACCCAAGGACUAAAAGAGCACAUUAUUCAACUCAGCCAAGGGUUCGAAGGCAUCUACAAGACGUUGGAGGGAUACUUGGAGAUCAAACGGCAGAGCUACCCUCGCUUCUGCACCUUGUCCGACUCGGAGCUUACCGACUUGAUUUCAGCGUGCCGAAAUCCACACAACAUCCAGCAGUACUUGCCGUCGUGCUUCCCGAGUCUUGGAAAAGUAACUUUUGACACGGACGACAAAUCGAUGGGCAUCGUCGCCGUGAGGUCGCCGCCCAACCCGUUCGAGGAAGUCAUUCCUAUGGGCAAAAACCUCAAGGCCAGAGGGUAUGUGGAACAGUGGCUGUCCCACAUGGACCGUCGGCUGUCGGAGCGGCUGCACAAGAAUAUCAAGGAGCUCGUCGUGUACUUUUCAGGGCGACCGCCAGCAGGUUGGGACCUCAGUCACCUUCGCCAGUUUCCGCUGCAGUGCCUCCUUGUCGCCAACGACGUUGUUACGUCGACAACGAUUGGAAAUGUCGAGGGCAACAAUGACGUUGCAGGCGGCGUUGUCGUGCGCAUCCAGCAGCUCACGCAAGCCUUGACGAGUGGAGAUCGAACACUGCAUCCAGUAGUAACAACGACUCUGCUCAUGCAGCAGUUUUACUUCCGAGACACCCUCGACAACUUGUCCGUUAUUCCAUGGGAGAACCAUCCCCACUACACCACGACCGACGACGAAGUCCAACUCGCGAUUGCUGACAUGGUGAUUCCGUACGGCUACGCGUAUCACAACCCGACGGAAAACUACUUGGUCGUGACCCCACUCACGGAGCGCUACUUGUUGGCCGUGUUCAAUUGUGUGCAAUACUACCAGGCUGGUCUGGUCUCUGGCGGUAUGUCCAGCGGCAAGACGGGGUUGAUUCAAAUGGCCACCGUGAUGCUUGGCCGCGACCUCAUUCAAACGUUUUGUACCAUCCAUACGUCGCUGAAGCAAAUCCAUCGAUUCAUCACGGGCGGCAUCGGAUCUGGCGGGACGCUGCUCCUUCAAAAUGCAGAUCGGAUGGUUGGCCCGAUUCUAUCGUUUAUCAACACCGUCGUGUCGACCAUUAUGAACGGGGCGCUGGCAGCCAAGCAUUGCGUCACGCUAGACGAGCGCGAACACGUCGUCGACGCUGGAAGCAUGAUCAUGCUGACGACAUCCGUGCCCUCAUGCCUCGUGUCCCCGUACCACUUUCAAGCGCUAUGCGAGUCGUUGUCAUCCAUUGCCGUUGUUGCGCCAGACCUGGAGCGCGUCCUUCAUGCGAUCUUCUUUAGCUACGGCUUUGAGCAUGCGCUGACUCUGGCGAGAAUGCUUGGUUUUGUGUGGAGCGAGUUGCGUGGAGUGUCCACCCGCCUCUCUACACAGCCGACAAUGGUUCAGCUCUUUACGAUUCAUACGGCCAAGCAAUGCGCCAAGCAAAUGUUUGAGCGUUCCCGGGGAACUUCCAUCACGGAUGAAGUCGGCUUACUCAAGGAGACGCUCCUCGAAUACUUGACGACGAGGUUGAAUCUACCUGGGGGCAUUCGUGCACAUGCUAUGUCGUACAUCAAGUCCAUGUGGCUCGCAAAAGACCACGCAGUGUCGGUGCGAGAAGGCGACAUGGAGAGCAAGGAUGGCCACAACCGCACCGUUUUCUUGUCAUUCCUCAAGGCGGCCUACGACAAGAAUCAAUUCAUUCCGUCCGAGACGUUGCUGCAGGUGUCGGCGGCGCUAGUCCAGGCAGUGGUGGCGUACAGAACCGUCAUACUGUGUGGGCCGAUGAAGACGGGUAAAACGACGUGUGUGGCGAUGCUGGCUGCCGCGUUGAACAAUCUGUUUUUCGACGUGGACCUGGCCAACCCAACGUUGCCGCAGUUUCCGCAGCCACCACCACCACAGUCGCAAUUCAUCGUGAUCAAGACGUUGCUGCCGAUGUCUCUGUCGAUGGCACAGCUCUACGGCGGAAGCGCCGACGGCAACUCGGAUUCGUCGUUGAUCAAGCGCCUUGCCACCGAAAACGUGCCUUGUCCGUUGUUAUCUGGUGUGGACGAGCUCAAAAUGAACGAACGAGACACGGUCCCCCAGGAUGUCGCGCCGCUUUUCACACACCGCCAGCGCGUGUGGAUUGUCUUGGAUGGAACGAUGGACGCUGCGUGGGCAGAACACAUCUUGAGCCUGGCGGGGCCAGCUCCGUCGUCGAGCUUGACUUCAGGUCUGGGGCAGUUUAGCUUACUCGGCAGCGACACCUUCACAAUACCGUCAAACGUCACCAUCCUCUUGGAGACAAUCGACCUCGGCCAUGCCUCUCCCACACUCGUCUUGAACAGCAGCUUAAUACACGUGAGUGACGCACCAUCGCGGCCUCUCGUGUCGAAAGAUUUGGUGCAGUCGACAAACUCGGCCGUAUCUGCCAAGCUGCUGCCAAUGCACAAAAUGUUCCUUGUGGGUUCCAUCGGCCGGAUUCGAGUCCAAAUGACCGUGCCUCCGUUGGUUUGCGAGCUCUUGACCAAGCAUUUGGUGGACUCGUCCCUGUUGGAUAGGCUGCUUGAAGUACUUGGCGAAGGCUCGACGCACGCGCCGCUGUCGCACCUGCACACGGCUCAACACAUCAUGACUCUUAUCCACCCCGUGCUGUCGACGCAACCUGGUAUCGAUUACACUCUCUGGACAAAAUCGCUUGAAUUCGAUUCUGCCUUGGGCUACAACGAACCGCGGCGGUUGCUGUCUCGACAGAUUGAGCUUUGCAUCCUAUGGUCCGUGUGCUGGGGAGCCGGAAGCUGCGCGUCGAUCCAAACCAAACGACUUGUGACAAGUGUUCUCCAGCGGGAGUUCGACCACCUGCAAGAGUCGUGGGCUAACUGCAGCGGCGACAUGGGACUGUAUUCGUGGGUGCUGGACAUCGCGUCGGCCACGUUCCGAUCAUGCAAAGACGUGCUGUGCAUUCCCACGGGCCAACGCGACAUUUCACCCUUCUCGGUUUACAUCCCCCGCGUUGACAGCACCCUCGUGCACUUGGUCGGACGGCAAGUGCUCCGCUCUGGCGUCCCCCUGCUCGUGUUUGGCCCCCCUGACUGCGGGGCGACGUCGUGCGUCGUGGAGUUCCUCCAGCGAUCGUCGGUGUUCUUGUCGCAGGGACUGACGACUCUGGACAAGUCUACCACCGCCACGGGUUCCUCCGACAAUGCAGAAGCCGCUCGAAUCUCCAACAUGCGGCUCACGACCACCAUGAUCGUGUCGUCACUGGCGAGUCGACUAAAGACAAAGCGAACGAGCGCGGUUCGUUCGCCACGGUCGUCUAUUGUGGGCAAACCAGGGCCUCCGGUUCGCAUGUGCUCCCCGGACGACGAAGCCACCACCAAGUUGUUUGAAGCUGGGGCGUUUGUGUCGAUGCGUCUUCAAUGCACGGCAUCCACGACGAUCGACUCGUUGAGCACAUCCGUCGAAAUCGUCAUGCAGCGCGAAAGAAAGCAAGUGUACGAACCGCCGCCAGGAAAGGCCAUGAUCCUCUUCCUGGACGACGUGCAUCUGCCCCUACACAGCGAGUUUCCGUCGCCACACGCAUGGAUCCGCUCGAUGAUCGACCUUUCAGCUGUGUACAGGCCAUCAGACACCAAAACACGGACGAUUGAGCGAACUUUGCUGGUUGCUACGGCCAGUGACCACGCGAUGGGGUCAUGGCAUCGAGCUCCCAACGCAUGCCAAGCUCGCCUCCUGUCGCGUUUUUUUCCCGUCCGCUUAGCUGCCUUGGAGGCGUGCGACGUGUCCCAGAUUUUGACGCCCAUCGUCGUCGGCCUCUUUGAGCGCACCGACCUGCACUGCCGGUAUGUGCAGCCGAUUCGCCAUCAAAUUGGGCACGUGCUAGCUGUCACAAUCGACGUGUUUGUGAAAUGUCGCGCCCUUGGUACGCACGUUGCGCUGGCGUUCGGAUUUUCCAAACUCAUCACCAUGCUCGAGUUCUUGACCGCGGUGCCCCCACCAGCAUUGCCAGACUUGCCCGUGCUCCUUCGUUUGUGGCACCACGAGAUCGAACGGACGUUCGUCGACACUGCUCUCGCAUUUGACCAUGGCGAAGCCGUCCAGCAUAUCGCUGACACGGCAUAUGCAUCGCUGUGCGACCUGAUGAAGGAAAAACCAGCAAUGCGGCAUACCGCUCGGUGGGUCUACUUCCCUCAUGGGUACAACGAGAAGCCCAGCAUGCGCCACCGCCAGGACUCGUUGGAUGGCUCUCCCAUCGGCCAGACACCCGAAGACCGAGCGGCGUCCAUCGGAUUGGGUCGCCGACGGUGCUCCAUUAACAAAGCACCACCGCCGCUCGAGCGCAUGACGUCGAUUGUGGACAGCAGCAACUUACCCCAAGGGAAAGCCUUGCUGCAGCGACAAAAUACAGCCGCCAAGGUGGCCCCAACAUUGCAAAAGACGGAUAGUUUGCGAGGGGGUUUUGCUCAGCGCAAGAACUCGGGGACAUUCGACUACGACGCGUUGGGGACACGCCGAUUGUCAAGCCGAGGGAUCCUUGCGCCUGGAAGCUGUGAUCACUUCGGUUGGAACCGUCAUGUGUACGGCGAGCUAUUCAAUGGGCUGUCGGAGUACGCCGACGCUCUGCCAUCACUGCAUGCGGCGCUGCAAAAGCAAACGCUGCGCUUUGGCGAAAGCGACAACUUGAUCCUGUCCGUACCCAUGGUGGGCACAACGCUGCAACUGUGUCGCAUCUUGGGCAAGCCUGGCGGAAAGGCCGUGCUCGUAGGGCCUCCAGGACAUGCCAAACACUCCGUUGCCAAGAUGGCGGCGAAAAUCAUGGACCAGCAGCACGUACAUUUCGAGGCGCUUAUGGACAAGGCCGUGUCCGAAACCAAGUGGGCGACAGCCCUCAAAGAAGUCGUGACGAUCGCGGGCGUGUUACAAACGGACGUGACGUUCAUUGUCCAGAAUGCCCACCGCAUGUCCGAUGCGUGCUUGGAGCAGCUAACGUCGCUCUUGAAUUCGCGCGAAGUGCCGCUCCUCUUUUCGCCAGACGAGCACGUUGAGCUGGCGGGUCGUGUCAAGGACGAAAAGCUCUUCGAGUUGAAUGCGCUCCAUAGCAAACAAAUGGAGAACCUUCGCAUCGAGUUGUCGGUGGCAAAACGUUCGGAACUCCAGAGCAAGCACGACGCCGUGCGCCGGCUCAUCGCUGACUCGCGCGAGUCGCAUACGAAAACAGCCAAAGAGCGCGAACUCGAGGCCAUGAUUGAGGUGGAGAAGCACUUGAACUUGCAAGGCCAAGAACGCAUCGACGCUCUGGUCAGCGUCCAGCACAGCGAAAUGGAUGACUUUAUUCGGAAAUUCGAGGCGAAUGUCGAUAUCAACAUGGCGUUGACGAUGGCGACAGUCAAGCCGUCUGGCGUCGUGAGCGGCAUCUGGAACGAGGUCGUCCAGGCUGCUGCACGCAACGUCCGUGUCGUUGUGUGCUGCGACGCCACUGACAUUCCAGUCUUUGUUCAACGGGUGCCAAAGCUCUUCGCCCAAACGCAAAUGUGUGUCCUGCCUCGUUUGGACUUCGACGUGAUCAAACCAAUGGUCCAUCUGCGCAUUGAAACCCAGUGGAAGGUCUUUCAAGACCAUGAAGGCCACCUCGACAGCACGGUCUUGCUCAACUCGUUGGACUUGAUUCAAUCCAACUUGAACCACGUGUCGACGCUGGCGGCGAAAUUCCACUUGGCAGCGAGUCGUGUCAUGCUCGCGUCCGGCGCCGCGCACGCUGUGAUCUCGCUCCAUCUCAUCCCCCUCUACUCUCGCUACAUCUUUGACGCCAUGAAGCGGCUUCGCAUUCGAAUGAACCACCUCAUGAGUCGGUCGCGGGCGUUCCUGGACGUGUACCAAAAUGCCGUCGACCAGGUCGACUCGGCGCAAAAGCAAUACCAGGAGAAGCAAGUUCAAAUUCAGAGCGCCCUCGUCCAAAUCGGCGAGUACAAACUGCACUUUGAAAAGAUGCAAGCGGAAGCGGAAGUUCUUCGGAACGUCAUGCGCAAACAAAAGGCCGAUGUCGACGAGCAAGUCAAAAUUACGACCGACAUGGACAAACUGACCAAGCACGAGCUCAAAGACGCCCUUAAGGUGCUCGAUGACGCCAACAAGUGUGUGGCCAACCUGGAUCGGCGCUACAUCAUGGAAAUCAAAACGUUUGUGAACCCGCCCGUGCUGGUGCAUGUCGUGUUGAAUGCAAUGUGUGUUCUCUUCUCGGUGGACCCGUCGUGGGACAAUGCCAAGAAGCUCCUCAGCGACGUGAACUUUAUCACGUCCAUGCUCAACUAUGACAAGGACAACGUCCCGGAAACCAUCUUGACCAAGCUCGAGCCGUACUUGACCAACGAAAUGUUCAACAAGGCUGAGGUUGAAAAGCAAAGUAUUGCGGCGAGUACGAUGGUCGUGUGGAUCAUUGCGAUCGAAGCGUACAGCCGCAGUCGCAAGCUUGUCAAGCCCAAGCUCGACAUUCUCGACGCGGCCCAAGCCAAGCUGCGGACGCUCGUGGGGGAAUUUGCCGAGUGCAAGAAGAACGUCGAGCAGGCGGACAGAGUCUCGAGCGACAUCGAAGAAACGAUCCAAGCACGAAUGGAGGACAAGAAACUCAUGGAAGCGGAAUGCCAAACGUUGACAGCCUUUCUCGUCCAAGGAAACGCCGUGCUCAAGAUCUUGGGCCCGGAACAAGCCGUCAUGACCAAGCAAUUGCAAUCAAUGGUUGAGUACGAGGCUUCGCUGGUCGCCGAGGCAGUGGUGUCUGCUGCCGUCAUCACGUACGGCGGGGUGUUCUCGCCACGGCUGCGCAGACACCUGUUUGACGAGUGGACGCGCGAGCUAGAUGGCCAACCGCUGCAAAUCCACCCGACCCAUUCCAUCUUGAACAACUACGCGGCGCAGCCGUUUGGGCUGUGGCUGCAUGCGGCGGGUCUGUUUCAUUCGCGCCACAGCCAGCAAACUGCGUACAUCCUGGCGCAUGCGUUGCCGGUCGUGCUGGUUACGUCGUUUUCACCCCACAUGGACUCAUUGCUUCGAAACGUCCUGCAUUCUGUUGGAUGCAACUCGAUCGUGACCAAGUCGGCCCUGGACAAGGACGUUCGAAGUGUGCUAGAAUCGUGCAUUUCGAUGGGCCAGCAACUCAUCGUAAACGAUGUCACGCCUCGGCUCUACACCUCGACCUUUCAAGACCUGGUCGAGUGGGGCACGGAAUGGGUCGACGGUGUCGAGUACAUCAACUACAUUGGCCACACGCUCGCGCUGAAGCGCGGAUUUCGCCUUGUUCUGACGACGACCGCGCCAUUGUGCGAAUUUGGGUCCGAAGUGUUCCAGGUUGCGACCGUCGAUGCUGUCGAAUGCUGGGACGACAUGCAGAAUGUCCUACUCGACGACAUGGAACUGGCCAACGUAUGCAACGACAGAGUUGGUGUCGGCGCGUACGACUUUGCCAGGGCCAUCUUGGACAUGGAAGUCGACAUGUCACGGUCGUUUGACGGAUUGCUCGUCCACUUGCGGACGAUGAUCCGAGAGACCAAAUACGACGCGCCGCAGGUCGAGUCGUUGGCGACUAUGUGCAACCAGAACGCCCAGCACCGCGCCACGUUCGACGAACGAAGACAGGAAUUGCAUCGGACGAUGGCAGCUCGUGGUGACGUGAGCUACGCGGCCGUGACCCAACUGGGCCACCAAAUCUUUACCGCCCUCCAGAAAUUAGCGACUCUCGUUCCCGAUCUCGUCAUGGCGUUCGAGCCGUACGGAUUUCGCAUUUUCUUUAUCCAAUGUCUCGAAUCGUGUGAUGGGCGGUCGAAAGCUCCUGGGGCGAGAUGUCCCCCUCCUGGCGACGUCCUCGUCAAGUUGCUCGAGUUGUUGGCUCUCACAAUCCCCCAGCUCCAUUGGUCCUCAUUCUUGCUCCUCCUUGCCUUUGAAGUUCGAGGAGGGCCGGCCAAGGAUGCAAAGGCAUCCCCACCACACCUUUAUGACCUGGCCGACGACGCUCCAGCUGAAGCGUUGUCGUUCAUGGACCUCCAGCGCAAUGUCCUAUUUCCGCCCCACUGGAAUGCAUCGCUGACUGAUGCAACAAUAAACGACAUGACGGCGACAGAACAACUCUUCCAAGCCUACGAAGGUAUCCCCCGGGACUCGGUAUUGAUGAAGCGGCCGCGGCAUUUGUCGAUGCCGUCCAAACAGCCAUCACAGCAAACGGACGCGUCUGUCCACAGCGACGGCAUUCAAUCGAUUGUGAGCAUGCCCCCGCAGUACCAUUGUCUCGGCGUGAUGCUGGCUGGGCGACCCGAAGCGUUUGCUUCGUUUUGUGACAAGCUCGUGCUGUUUACGUUGGGCCUCGAACCGAAACAGCCUGCUGCUCGGCGAACUUGGCAUCCCAAGGACUGGUCCAAGAUCUUGUACAACACCCAAGACGCAUGGUUCUGGUGCGUAGUGUCCAACGCGGGAUUCUCGUCCUUGCAGUUGCUCUAUACUGUCUUGGACACAAUUGUGCCGCGCGACAUGUGGCCCGACGUGCUCAAGCUGCUUCUCCAACGACCGGUAGUGCACGCGUUGUCAUUUCACGUGCCGCUUGACGGCGGGAGCAUCAUGGGGUUCUUCGACUCGGUGCCGUCGAUGGUCCAGUUUGAAGGGCUCAAUCCGAUCGCGUUCGAGUCACUUCGGUGGUUUGUGUUGGACAUGACGACACCCGACAAGUGGGAUGCGGUUGUCCAGUACAACAAGAAACGUCGUCUGGAUUACCGCCCCGUGGGGCUCGUGAGCCAUCUCAAGCCGACCUUGGGCAAGCCCAUGAACCAGCGUCAUGCGGCCGACGACGACAUGCAGCCGUCGCGCAUGGUGCACGUGGUGCCGACAACUCCAGCACCGACACACACCCAGCCCUUGUCGGUGGCCAACGUGCCUUUAGCUGUCCAACCAAACCGCCUGGUCCUCCACCCCCUUGGAAGCAAUCCGUUUUCGACAGAGUUCAGAUUAACGUUGCUUCGCCUGGUGGCAAUUCCUUUCUCGACGGCGAUCGGCGACGCGUUGGAGGGGGUCAACAUGGACCCGGCCGUGCGGAAUGUCGUGGCGAUUGUUCUAUGGCGGCUCUUGUGUGGCCUCGUGUUUUUUCAUGCAGCUCUCGUGGCGAGGCAAGACAAAGUCGUCGGCUGUGCGGUCGACAUGAGCACCGUUGAUGGCAGUGACUUAGUCCUCGGCGUGUACAUGAUCACCGGUCCUCUUUUGCAGACCAUCGUCCGGGCGUUUUUGGAGACGGAUGAUGGUGACCCGUUGGAGCAACUCAACUGGGGGCAUAUCCACAAUGUGUUUGUGCAACACGCCCAUGGCCGCAAGUGCAGAACGCACCGUGGCCGACACUGGAUCCGCGCUUUGCUGCGCGAGUGCAUUGGGCCGUACUUGCUUGUCCCCAACAGUCCUCCGCAACAAUCCAAGUUUCAACUGCCCCUGCCAUCCUUUCAAGACGUCCUCAAGACGCCGACUCAAUCAUCCGAAGAGUACCUGACAGUCAUGUGUGCUUUCGCGUCGUCGUGCAAGUGGACCGUGCCCGAUGUAGUCGUGCCGUCAGCCGCCGUGUCGAUCGACCUGCGAUCGCUCGUGCUGCUACCUCAACAUCUCAACUCACCGAAUCAUGUCAAGAAGCACGUCUUGGCCAUCGUCCAGCUCUGUCUGCAGUCGCUUCCUCCAGCCCUGCCAUUGAAAUUGCACCCCCGGAAUGCCCUCGUCCAGCAUCCACUGCGCCAAUUCCUCAAGACCGUUAUCCACUCGUUUCACCACCGCCGCGAUCACACCGAGUUGGCCCUCCAAGCACUGCUGUCCGACAUCACGCAGGCGAGCCCGGCGACCGUCGCGGCGUUUGUCGCUACAACCAACAACAACGACCUCAAAAGUGCACUGGCAAUGGAGUGUCGAGCGCUUGUCUUGGACAAGAUCCCCGCACGGGUAGCAACUUAUGCAGCGCCAUUGGAUAUGUCUCUGUCUGUCGCCAUCAAGCAUUGGCAGCGCACGGGAUCGUUCUUGCAACUGUGGUGGGACGAAGGCCAGACUGAAUACUGGUGCCCUGGCAUUGUAGACGUGACGGACUUGAUGGCGGCGUUCGGGUUCACGUACAAAAUUGCGACCAACACGGUGGCAAACGUCGAUCUGCUUGCGUUCGCGGGCCAGGUCUAUCCAAUGGAGACUCCUUUGGAUGCUUUUCGCAAUCGCAAUGACACCAUCUUGCUCACGGGGCUGGAGUUGCUCAAUGCCAUUCCGUCGCCCACAACCGCCGGUGGUAUCCAAGAAGCAGCGGGGUGUGCCGUGCCGGUACAGGUUCUCCUCAAGGUGUCGGCCUCACCGCCACCGAUCAACGCCAUGGAGUGUCCGAUUCUGCGAAGCCGAUGCUCCAGCGUUUCCGUGGGAAGUCUGCAUGUAGACAUUGUCCCAGCAAUCCAGGAAUGGGCGACAUGUCCGUACUUGGUCCUGUCGGUGGAUGACGCGAGGUAGAUUGCGUUGGCCUAACUCAAGAAUGAACUUAGUUCGAGGGAUC